AAGUGGUUAAAAUAAUAAUUUGAAAAUUUUUAAAGAAACUCUGGGCAAAUGGAAUGUGUUGUAUAGUCCUUCCGCCUUCUGCUUUUUGUGCGCAAGGCGUCAAUCGUUCAAGAUUCUCCCCAGGGCCUCCUGCUGGUGCUCACUGCACUGUUGGACAGUAAUGACUAAAGCGGCGAGUUGAGUCGUAGCUCCGUUCUUCACUUGCUUGUUGACAUUGGGAGCCAUCUCCAUGGAGUCCGUGGAGAAUUCAUCGGAGGGACUUCCCUCUUCCCCAUCGUCACAUCUUUCUGCGAUAUUUGACCGAGAUCGUCAUAUCACACUCCUUCAGAUGAUGUACCAGUUGCUGCCAUCCCCUUACCAGCUCCAAGAGAUCAAUCGCCUUACCCUCGCUUACUUUGUCAUCUCCGGACUUGACAUUCUUGGGGCUCUCGAUCGGGUUGACAAGGAUGCUGUUGCCAAUUGGGUUUUGUCCUUGCAAGUUCACCAUAGAAACCAAGCAGACAGAAACAGUGGACAAUUCUUUGGUUUUCUCGGUUCCAGGACUUCACAGUUUCCUCAAGUUGAUAAUGGGGUUUCACUUCCCAACAACAGUCACUUGGCAAGCACUUACUGUGCCCUUGCCAUAUUAAAAAUUGUUGGUUAUAAACUGUCCAACAAUGACUUUGAAUCAGUAUUGACAUCAAUGAGGAAUCUUCAACAGCCUGAUGGAAGCUUUAUGCCCAUCCAUACUGGGGCUGAAAAAGAUCUGCGAUUCAUAUAUUGUGCGGCUGCCAUCUCUUUCAUGUUGAAUGACUGGAGCGGCAUGGACAAAGAAAAAGCCAAGGAUUACAUAUUACGCUGUCAGUCUUAUGAUGGUGGCUUUGGAUUAGUUCCUGGUGCAGAAUCACAUGGUGGGGCAACUUAUUGUGCUAUUGCAUCCCUCCGAUUUAUGGGAUUUCUUGAAGAUGAUCUUCUCUCGAGUUCUGCUAUGUCUCCUGUGAUAGAUGUACCAUUGUUACUGGAUUGGCUUGUGCAGAGGCUGGGGACCGAUGGUGGUUUUCAAGGUAGACCUAAUAAAGUUAGCGACACGUGCUAUGCAUUUUGGAUUGGAGCAGUUUUGAGGAUUUUGGGGGCCCACAACUUCAUUGACAAAGGAGCUCUUCGUGGAUUUCUGCUUGCUUGUCAAUCUGAGGUGGAGUUGAUGGCUUUACUCUAUUAAAAUCUGCAGAAUCAUCAUUUGCUGAUUGAAAAUGAGGAUUCACACUCAAAGGAAGAGCAAGGGGAGAAGUUAAACAAGGUGAAGUUGAAGCCAAAGGUGUGAAAUAUGGAGUCUCCACAAUGAAAGAAUCACAUGGACUAACUCUACAACUGGACUUGUUCACACUCUCAGAUUCUGAGCCCUCCUUAAUUCCUUCUUCAAUUGUGAAUAAGAAUCUAGGACUCCGAGGAUACCUGCAAGUCUGUGUUUGAACUUGCCCUUCUGGAUCAUCAUUAAAACCUGACCUUUCUUCACAGAACAUUUGAAAUAGGUCUUUCCCAGUAAUGUUGAUGUCCUUUUCUGAAUCUGUAUGACUUGUUCUCUUCUUCCAGCACAAGAAGUAGCAAACCUCA